AUGAGUCAGAGGCAGGUGCUGCAAGUGUUCGAGCAGUACCAGAAAGCCCGAACCCAGUUCGUCCAGAUGGUGGCGGAGCUGGCGACCAGACCCCAAAACAUCGAGACGCUGCAGAACGCGGGGGUAAUGGCUUUGCUGAGGCCUCUUCUUCUGGAUGUGGUCCCAACAAUUCAACAGACUGCUGCUUUGGCUCUGGGGAGACUGGCUAAUUAUAAUGAUGACCUGGCAGAAGCAGUCGUGAAGGGUGAUAUUCUUCCACAGCUUGUUUAUUCACUGGCAGAACAGAAUCGUUUUUACAAGAAAGCAGCUGCCUUUGUGUUACGAGCAGUUGGUAAACAUUCUCCCCAACUAGCUCAGGCAAUAGUUGAUUGUGGAGCACUGGACACACUGGUGAUUUGCUUGGAAGAUUUUGACCCUGGAGUCAAAGAGGCUGCAGCCUGGGCACUUGGCUAUAUUGCAAGACAUAAUGCAGAGCUGUCACAAGCUGUGGUGGAUGCGGGAGCUGUUCCUCUUUUAGUGCUCUGUAUCCAGGAGCCAGAAAUUGCUUUGAAAAGGAUUGCUGUUUCAGCCCUCAGUGAUAUCGCGAAGCAUUCUCCAGAGUUAGCACAGACAGUGGUGGACGCAGGAGUGAUUGCUCACUUAGCCCAGAUGAUCCUGAACCCUGACGCUAAGCUGAAGCGUCAGGUCCUUUCAGCUCUCAGUCAGAUUGCGAAACAUUCUGUGGAUCUGGCAGAAAUGGUGGUCGAAGCAGAGAUUUUUCCAGUGGUACUUACCUGUCUGAAGGACAAAGAUGAAUACGUGAAGAAAAACGCUUCUACUUUAAUUAGAGAGAUUGCAAAACAUACACCCGAGCUUUCUCAGCUGAUAGUUAACGCUGGGGGAGUUGCUGCCGUGAUCGACUGCAUUGGGUCCUGCAAAGGGAACAUAAGGCUGCCAGGCAUCAUGCUGCUCGGCUAUGUGGCAGCUCAUUCUGAGAACCUGGCAAUGGCAGUCAUCAUUUCCAAGGGUGUGCCCCAGUUGUCCCUCUGCUUGUCAGAAGAACCAGAAGACCAUAUUAAGGCUGCUGCCGCCUGGGCCUUGGGACACAUUGGGAGACACACUCCUGAGCACGCACGGGCCGUCGCUGUCACAAACACUCUGCCUGUCCUGCUCUCUUUGUACAUGUCAACCGAAAGUUCUGAGGAUCUUCAAGUGAAAAGUAAAAAAGCCAUAAAGAAUAUCUUACAAAAAUGCACCUAUUUACCAGCUCUUGAACCAUUUCUGUAUGAUGCUCCUCCCAAUAUUCUGAAGCACGUGGUUGGACAGUUCAGUAAGGUGCUGCCACAUGAUAGCAAAGCUCGACGACUUUUUGUAACAAGUGGUGGACUUAAAAAGGUACAAGAGAUAAAAGCAGAACCUGGAUCUCUCCUUCAAGAAUAUAUCAACAGCAUUAACAACUGUUACCCAGAAGAAAUAGUAAGGUAUUAUUCCCCUGGAUAUUCAGAAACACUUCUGCAGAGAGUGGACAGCUAUCAACCACUUACUAACUGA